GUAAAUUUUUUCGAACUGUUAGCAGAGGGGAUGAAGAGUUUUCUCACAUCUCCAUUCAGAGGCAUUACCGAUGAUUUUCGAGGAAGAGCUUCAUGUUACAAGCACGAUUGGAUUGCUGGAUUCACGAUAUUGGCUCCAACUACGUAUAUAUUUUUUGCAUCUGCUCUUCCAGUAAUUGCCUUUGGAGAACAAUUGAGCAGAGAUACAGAUGGGAGCGUAAGCACAGUAGAAACAUUGGCCUCAACAGCUAUUUGUGGUAUUAUACACUCCAUAUUCGGCGGUCAGCCUCUUUUGAUAUUAGGAGUUGCUGAACCAACUAUUAUUAUGUACACUUACAUGUACAAAUUUGCUAAAGGGAGACAAGAAUUGGGACAGAGUCUUUACUUGGCGUGGACUGGAUGGGUUUGUGUAUGGACAGCACUCUUGUUGGUUCUUCUAGCUAUAUUUAACGCGUGCUACAUUAUUAAUCGAUUUACAAGGAUAGCUGGGGAGACAUUUGGGAUGCUCAUUUCUCUGCUUUUUAUUCAAGAGGCAAUUAAGGGGUUAGUGAGUGAAUUCAAAGUUCCGAAAGCUGAGGACUCAAGUUUAGAGAAAUAUCAAUUCCAGUGGCUCCAUAUAAACGGGUUACUUGGAGUUAUAUUUUCAUUUGGCCUUCUUUACACAUCAUUGAAAAGCAGAAAAGCUAGGUCAUGGUGGUAUGGAACAGGCUGGUUCAGAAGCUUUGUUGCUGAUUAUGGUGUUCCUUUAAUGGUUCUUGUGUGGUCAGCACUCUCAUAUGGAGUGCCGAGUGAAGUUCCAUCUGGAGUUCCCAGAAGGCUCUUUAGUCCCCUUCCUUGGGAAUCUGCAUCUUCACAUCACUGGACUGUAAUCAAGGAUAUGGGGAAGGUUCCUCCGACAUACAUCAUUGCUGCCUUAAUUCCAGCUCUAAUGAUAGCUGGACUUUAUUUCUUUGAUCACACUGUUGCUUCACAAAUGGCACAACAAAAAGAAUUCAAUCUUAAGAAUCCUUCUGCUUAUCAUCAUGACAUCUUGCUCUUGGGAUUUAUGACUUUGCUUUGUGGUUUGAUUGGCGUGCCUCCUUCAAAUGGCGUCCUGCCUCAGUCACCUAUGCAUACAAAAAGCUUGGCUGUUCUCAAGAGACAGCUGAUUCGGAGGAAGAUGAUUAAAAGUGCCAAGGAGAGUAUAAAGCGAAAGGCUAGCAACUCUGAAAUCUAUGGAAAUAUGCAAGCAGUUUUCAUAGAGAUUGAUAGUUCUUCUGAUAACACAGUAGCUAAAGAGUUGGAACACCUAAAAGAGGCAGUAAUGAAAAGUACUGAAAACAAAAAUGGAGGUACAACAGAGGUCGCAUUUGAUCCAGAGAAACACAUAGAUGUUUACUUGCCUGUCCGAGUGAAUGAACAAAGAGUGAGCAAUCUAUUACAGUCGCUACUAGUAGCAGCAUCAGUUUUUGCUAUGCCAGUGAUAAAGAAGAUACCAACUUCAGUUCUUUGGGGAUAUUUUGCUUAUAUGGCUAUUGACAGCCUGCCUGGAAAUCAACUUUGGGAAAGAUUAUUGCUUCUUUUCAUCACCCCUGGAAGGAGAUUUAAGGUUCUUGAAGGGGUGCAUGCAUCUUUUGUGGAGUCAGUGCCAUUCAGAUACAUUGCAACUUUCACAAUUUUCCAGUUUGUAUACUUGUUGUUGUGCUUUGGAGUCACUUGGCUCCCCAUAGUUGGAAUUCUCUUCCCCUUGCCAUUUUUUCUUCUCUUAAGCAUAAGACAACAUUUACUCCCCAAGCUGUUCCAGCCUCAUCAUUUGAGAGAGCUAGAUGCAGCUGAGUAUGAGGAAAUUGUUGGUGCCUCUCAACGUUUACGCAGCUUCUCUUCUAAGGAAAAGGAAGCACCUACUAAUGGAACUCAUGAGGAAGGUGAAGUAGACAUUUGUAAUGCUGAGAUACUAGAUGAACUUACAACCAGUAGAGGGGAAUUUAAGGUCAGGAGCAAGAGCUUUAGUGAGGAUAAUCCACAGGUUCAUGCAACAAGAGACACAAUUUGA